AGCCUAGACUGUGGUGAAAACUUGUGUGGAUGCCGAUUGUGCCAAUUUGACACUAACUUAACAUCACGGGUUUUGUAGUGUGAGGGGAUAAGAAGAAUCGUAGAAUACGGGAGCUAGAUCCAGCAGAGAGAACAGAGACAGCCUCAACUUCCAGGUCACACGUCUCAACUGGCAGGAGUAAAGUUUGUUUCACUUCCCGAUAAAAGUGGCUUGAUUGAUUUUUCCAUGAGUUGUGUUUGUGAGCUUCGUAGUCCUGUUGCUCUGUCACUGCAAUAACAACUGGAAGGGCACGGAUCUGUCAGCAAGACUCUACAGGUAUUGAUUUGACAAGUCCGAGAUGACGCGUUUUCUGCUACUCAGCCUGACGUGGAAUCUUUACAACGUUGUAAUGGCAGUAAACACGAAUACGCCCAUUGCGACCUCUGCGAUGGCCAAUCAGGAUCCAACUAAUUCCACCACAACUGAGACCUCAACCACCGAAAACUCCACAAAGGAGGAGGUCACUGGGACAUCCGAAUCAGCAUUCGUGAUGGAUCCGAUUCCUCACGACGACUGGGACCGAAUAAUGAGAACUGCGGUUUUCGCCGGGUUUUGGGUCGUAGUUGCCCUGGUGAUCUUCGUCCUCAUCCCCGGGAUAUCUAUCGGUUUGGACCGGCUGUACUGCAGACGCAACGUGAAUACCUACACCGUUAACCGAAUGGAUCGUAUUGGGGUGGAGUUGCAAGAAGCAUCAGAAGUGAUGCUGGAUGAACCUGAGAGGGAGGCCACACAUCUCAUGCUACCUGAGAGUACAGCAUCAGUGUGUAAUCCUAGCCCUCCAUCUCCAACCACUCCUGUGGAAAUAGACCAGCAUGACAGCAUGUUCACUCACCAGGCCACAAAGCCUUUGGAGAAUUCCUAUGAAACAACCAACAAGCUCGCUGCUGAAAGUGGGGAAUCUGUGAUUCACCAGCUGACCAAUAUGUCAGAUGGUGAGUUAGCUUGGCUUGACCAGAAUGAAGAUCCACCUCCUUCAAGUCUGAGAGAUAGAUCCCUGUCUGCCGGGGCUGCUCCCGCGACACAAAUACCAACGAAUCUCAAUCAGCAGUAUGCCAAGGUUGCCAAACCAUGGAGGGGUGAAGAGUGUCUUGUGGACUCCCCAUCAAAUGGGGGCCUGGCAAGUCAGCCCGAACUGCCAGACGUUCCAGCUAGUGAUGGCUUGGAGCCCAGCAAAGAUCCAUGCAGUGUUCGUUUUAUGAUCCCAGAGGGUGAUGAUCAGGAUGCAGUUAAGGAGGCUUCCUUGUGCCCUGAGGAGUGGAGAAACAAAUCUUACCUCCACUCUCCAUCUGCAUCCAGCAAAGCACCAAUCCACAUAUGGAAGCCUCCGACUAAACAAGUUCACGAAACCCCCUCCGAAAAACAUUUCUCCCAUGUCCACAUUUAUGAGGAACUGGGAGAUGUCACACGUAAGGAGAGGCCCCCUGGUGUCCGCACUUCAGUCUCGGAGAGUGACCUCGUACAUUCGUCCGGUUGCAAGAUAACCUUCCCCCAGUAUUUUGAGGUGGACGACUUCACUGUGACCAGGACAGAUUCUGGUGGAGUCCAUCCCUUGACCCUCAAGUCUGACAAGAGCACUCCACAGAGCCCACUUCCCCACUCCAUAACACUGCUCACGCAAGAGGAUGAUGCGUCAUCAGACGAGGACAUAAACCGGAGAGGGAAUGAUAGUGACCAGUGCGUGAUCAAAGUUCGCACACAGAAGGGGCUCAUGGCCCACCCUCUCUCAGCCCAGCACCGGCUGUCUGAUGGGGCACUGGAGAGAGCUCCCUCUGUAAUCCCACACCAGUUUUCCUCCCUCCAGAGGCACAACGUAGCACCACAAGCCAGUAACCAGCAUGUAGCAGCCUACUACUCCAAGCUGAACAGGUUCAGGCCUCCCCAUCAGGCCCUUCUUCCGGUCUCAGGCAACAUAUACCACAAGCUCAUUCCCACCGUAGAUCCUCAUGACCACUGGGAAGGGACUCAGGGUGGAGAUACUAGCCUCAUGGAAACAAGCCUCUGAGGUUAAGAAUUUUUAGAAAUUGUUUUGAAGGCCCCGAUGACGAAAUGAACAUUUUCAUUCUUUUCUGCAUCCGAUUUCCCUUCACCACAUCAUUUUAAUUUGGUUCCAAGUUGACUUGGGCCAUUUGAGUGUGGCUCUGUUGUGUCUGCUGGCAGCAAAGCUGUACAACAUGUGAAUGCACUAAAACUACUAGCGCCACAUACAUGUAGACAAAGAUGACAAACAUGGGGGGGUGAAUGGUUGUGUAUGCACAGACAUGUCAGAGUAAAUUGAUUCUUUUCUGUGUAACUUGUUUUUGAACAUUUCCAGUUUGUAUGAUAAUCACAUUAGGUGAUUUAGAAUGUGAACAUAGCCUACUUCAGCUCAAGUGACAAUGCUGGACAGACUGAGACAUUUGAGAACAAUGGGAUAUUAUUUCAUGUCUUCUAGAGGCCAGAGGCAGCCUUGUUCUCUAAUUCAAGUCAAUACAUCCCUGGCUGUUGGUGCAGAAAAUGGAGGAAUGUCUCAAUACUAUAAUGGCCCCAAAAGCAAACAGUUUGAAAUUUAUCAACACCUGAAAAUUCUUUUCCUUUCAAUGACAACCAAAACAACACUUCUACAAGAACACAUAAUCAAAUUUAACCUGACGGGUGUGAAUUUUUGAAAUGACUUACUUUUAUAAUUUAAGUAACUUAUAUUUCUAACAGGACGUACAUGUACAUUAAACAGAAUAAGCCUUUCUUCUGUUAAACACUGACCGCCAUUUUUUAUGGACAUCCAAGGUUUUCAGGAAAUACAUUCUUGGCAUGAAUUUCUGCCUCAAAUACCCAUUUGGCAUUACUGGUGUUAUAAGUGGAGGUAUUUUCGUUUAGCACUCAAUAACAGCAUUUACUACAUGUAGUUAAUAUUUGAAUAUUUGCAUAAGGGUCUUUAAUAGUUUAUAAAUUAUUCUGGUGGUGUUUUUGUAUAAAUACAGCCAGCCAUAAAAAUGGCACUUGUUGCAUGUAUGUAGCAUAAGAAAGGUUUAUAUCACUAUACAUAUAUAUUGCUACAAGGUUUCAUGCUUUACAUAAAGUUUUUAGACUUGGUCGAGAAGCUCUUUCUAAAUAGUUUUAAAUUACAAUUAAUUUAAAAUGAUUUUAAAAACAACUAUUUUCUUACUCCUAUUUCCUGGGCUUCAAAACAAAUAAGCUUUUUUGAUUAACAUAAAUACAUGUACAUUUCAAGAUAGUGGCAUCACUCCAAGCACUAAUGCAAUGUAGCACAGGAAUACACAUAUGUGUAAGUCUUUUUUCAGGGCCACUUUCGUUGCCGGCUGGUGUUUUGUUGACCGUUUCAGACUGGCCACACCAUGUGAUGGGCUCUCGACCAAUGGGAAUAGGUAAGCUGUCAUAGAUAUUAAACACUACAAAUCCUCCAAUGAAUGCUUCAAUAGAAAUAAUGGAACCAUGUAGUGGUAUUGCCGCAUAUUUCUAAAAAAAAUAAGGAAAUAUACAAUUGAUCCCUGUAAGAGAGACAUUUAAAAUUUGGGGGUUUAGCACACUUAAUCCUUUAGUUGCUGUUUUUCAAUCCAAAGAAACAGAAACCUGUACAAGAAAUCCUUCAUCUACACAGUGGGAUAUACAUGUAUUUAUAUUGCGUGCAUUGUGUUGUGGUUUCCUAUGACAUAUAAAAAAAUAUAGCAGAUGGGAGGGUAAUUUUUGUUUUUGAGUUGGUUCUUGAUGUUUGUUCGGGACGAAAGUCAAUUGUUUUUUAUUUGCAUACUGAUUUCUAACAUUACAUAUCAAUUUUUGCCCUUUUACUGACAUCGCAGUAUAUUCAAUAUGUACAGCACAUGUAAGAGCAAAGCCUGAAUACAUACAUGUACAUGUAUGUAAACUUAACAUCUCAGAAGCCAAGAAAAUUUAGUAUCAUUUGUACCAGUUAACAGCUGACAAAGUCGUAUUUGGUAGUGUACAUAACAUGUACAUAUUCAUAUAACAUAUCCUACCAGCAGAUUCACUGGUUGAGUAGUUACAGAAUGUCUAUAUUCAGAAAACAGAUGGUGGUGGGUAAAUAAAAACUCCCUAGAGCAAGCCAAUAUUUUGAGCCAACCGGCUUUAAAAAAUAAAUAUCAAACUAGAGAUCUACAAGUACAUGUAUGUCUGUUUGAGAACAGAACAUAGGGCUUUUUCUAAACUUGUGCAGGAAAGAAAAAAAAUUAGGCAAGGGACUGGCCCAUUUUUGUUGCAAUUUUUUCUAAUAAACAACGACACAGUUCCUAUGUGAUUUUCUUUUUAAGUGGAAACACAGGUUGUGUGUUUGUUGGGUCUCACAACCACAAAGUGUGCAACAGGGGUGUUCAUUUAUCACUGUCAAGGAAAUGUUAUCGAGUUACACCUCCAAAUUACUCUCACACUCACUCCAGGAGCUUGAAGAAAUGUUGCAUGGCACCAGACUAUAAGCCAUGGAGUCAUCAUCAGGUCUCAGUCAGGUCAUAGUAACUCUUAUGGUUUGAACUACAUGCAGUUUGUGUAUAUGUGUGUAUUUUACGAUACAAGUGCUUCAUUGUACAUGAUUGAAUGUGAACAGUUGUAUACCAGUAGUCCUGAGAUGUAACAUAUUGAUAGCACGGUGGCAUUUGUCAACUUCAUAGCACAUUAUGUACAUACAUGUACAAACAGCACAAAAUGUAAACAUUGAUAAAGAGUUUACACAUGUACAAUUUCAGAGGUUAGGUUAGAUUAAUUGAAAAUGAAUGCGCAUGCAGGAUUGUGAAAACAAAAACUAUGUUACCUCGACUAGAUUCUCUAAUGUGUAUUUCUCCUGUGAACUUUCUAUAUUAUUUUUUGUAUAUUUGCAUUCUAAUACAUAUAACUCAACCUCCAGGAUGUUUAAACGAGUUGAAACUUGAUGUUAUAGACAAUUUGGCAAGGUCAAACGCAUGUAUGUAUGUGUAUAAAAAUGUUCAGGGUUUUUGUAUGAAAACCAAACUGCAAUGAAGAAAUGCACCUUUUUAACAAUUUCAGUUAAAUCUCGUGAUCAGA